UGGAAGCUCUUAUUAAGCUCAACCUUUCUUUGACAAGCAGCUUUGAAAACUGAUCAGUAACUCCUCUGCUUAUAGCAUUGUCACUUAUAAAGACGGUUUUCAGAUAUUGUAUUCUUAAUGGGUAGCAAGAAAAGAAGUACUAAAUCUGAGGUGGAAGUUCUUGAGGGUCAAACUGAUUUAGCUAUGGAUGAUACUGUUUCCGUGUCUUCCGGUAAGAAAAUUAAGAUGGGUAACAGAAAAGAUGCCGAGAUGGGGGACGGGGUUGCUUCAUCAUCUUCUGUUGCUGAUUCCAUUAAACCGAUGGAGAGGAAAAAGAAGAGGAAACAGAUAGACAAGGAGAGGCGGCGUUCCAUUUUAGAAACUGAGGAACCUCAGCCAAAACAACUGAUUGUUGAAUCGAAAGGAAAUGAUGCCCCGGAACCUGUGGCCUCUUCAUCUACUAGUAUUUUGCCUGAGUUUCAUAUCAGUGUUUUUAAGGACUUGGCCUCGGCAGAUUCUUCAGUGAGAGAAGCAGCAGUGGAAACAAUGGUGACAGAGUUGCAGGAGGUUCAGAAGGCAUAUGAUAGGCUUGAGAAUAAGGACUUGGUUGAGGGUGGUUUGAAACUGGAAGCUCAAAAGGAUGAUGGCUUGGAUAACUGUGCAUCGUCUUUGCGAUAUGCUGUGCGGAGGUUGAUACGCGGUGUUUCUUCGUCAAGAGAGUGUGUACGACAAGGUUUUGCUUUGGGUUUGACUGCUUUGGUGGCCACAAUUCCUAGCAUCAAAGUGGACUCCUUGUUGAAACUUAUAGUUAAUUUGUUGGAGGUCUCGUCAUCGAUUAAGGGUCAGGAAGUAAGAGAUUGCCUUCUGGGUCGCUUAUUUGCAUAUGGUGCUAUUUCCCGAUCUGACAGACUCACUAAAGAGUGGUUUUCUAAUAAAGAUACUCAUAUCAUCAAGGAAUUUAUGAGUGCCCUUGUCUCCCUUGCUUCCAAAAAACGAUAUUUGCAGGAGGCUUCAGUUUCCAUCAUUUUAGAAAUUGUUGAAAAGCUACCUGCUGAAGCAUUGUUGGGUCAUAUUCUUGAAGCUUCUGGAGUUCCUCAGUGGUUUGAAGAAGCUGUUGAUGUAGGAAAUCCUGAUGCUUUGCUGUUAGCUUUAAAAAUUAAUGAAAAAACACCCAUUGACAGCAAAUUCAGCAAACUUUUGCCACAUCCAUUCAGCCCAAGCAAACUUUUCUCUGCUGAUUAUUUAUCCUCUAUUACUAACUGCUUGAAGGAAUCCACAUUUUGUCAACCUCGGGUCCAUAGUUUGUGGCCUGUUCUGGUAAAUUUACUCCUUCCUGAUACUGUUCUUCAGGCUGAAGAUGCAGCAUCUGCUUCUAAUUCCUUAAAAAAACACAAAAAGGGUCGCAAGUCUAGCUCUUCUGAAGAAGAAAUUGCAAAUAAUGUGCAAUCGUUCUGUGACGUAGUUAUUGGUAGGUCCCUCCUCCUGUCAUCUCAUGAUCGUAAACACUUGGCGUUUGAUAUUCUGCUUCUUCUCCUGCCUAGAUUACCAUCUUCUUUUAUACCAAUUGUUGUCUCCUCCAAAGUUGUUCAGUGCUUGAUGGAUAUACUUUCCACAAAAGAUUCCUGGCUGUAUAAAGUUGGUUUGCAUUUUCUUAAAGAAUUAUUAGAGUGGGUUAGGAAUGACGAUGUCAGACGAGUGGCUGUUAUUGUUGCCUUUCAGAAGCACAGCAGUGGAAAAUUUGAUUGCAUUACAAAGACAAAAACGGUCAAAGAUUCGAUGGCCGAGUUCAAAACAGAGACUGGUUGCAUGCUGUUUGUUCAGAACUUAGUUAACUUGUUUUUGGAUGAAGGUCAUGCUUCUGAGGAACCUUCAGAUCAGAGUCAGACAACAGAUGAUAAUUCGGAGAUAGGCUCAAUUGAGGACAAGGAUUCUGUUGGAAUUUUGGGGAAUGCUGAUUUUCUGAAAGGCUGGGUCAUAGAAUCACUUCCCAGUGUUCUGAAGCAUUUAAAGUUGGACCCUGAAGCAAAAUUCCGAGUGCAAAGGGAAAUAUUGAAGUUUCUAUCUGUUCAAGGUCUAUUCUCUGCAUCUCUUGGUAAUGAAGUUACUUCAUUUGAAUUACAGGAGAAAUUUAGAUGGCCGAAAGCAAUCACCUCAACAGCCCUUUGCAAAAUGUGCAUCAAACAACUUCAAUCACUGCUGGCAAGUGCUCAAAAGGUUGAAGAGCCACGAUAUUUGGCUAAUGCACUUGAGCCAAAUGACCUUGGUUCCUACUUCAUGCGGUUCUUUAGCACAUUACGCAACAUUCCAUCAGUUUCUUUAUUUCGAAAUUUGAGGGACGAGGACAAACAGUCGGUCACAAAAUUGCUAGAAAUGGAGAGUAAACUUUAUAAAGAGGAAAGGAACUGCAGGCUCAGCAAUGAUGCAAAUAAAUUGCAUGCGUUGAGGUACUUGCUCAUCCUAUUGCUACUCCAAGUGCUCCUCCGACCUGGGGAAUUCUGCGAUGCAGCCUCUGAGCUUAUUGUAUGUUGUAAGAAAGCUUUUGCAGCUUCUGAAGAUCUUGAUUCAUCUGGAGAAGAUGAAUCAUGGGGUGACGCAGCACCAGAAUUGAUGGAUGUUCUUGUGGAUACUUUACUUUCCUUGUUGCCACAAUCAUCGGCUCCUAUUUGUUCUGCUAUUGAGCAGGUUUUCAGAUAUUUCUGUGGUGAUGUUACUGAUGACGGACUGCUGAGGAUGUUGCGGAUAAUUAAGAAAGACCUGAAACCUGCUAGACAUCAGGAAGCAGGCAGUGAAGAUGACGACGACGACCUUCUUGGUAUUGAAGAAGAUGAAGAUAUAGAUGAAGCUGAGACUGGUGAAACAGCUGACAGUGACGAACAAUCAGAAGACUCCGAGACAGUAAUUGGUGGUGAGGGGGAUGAUAAAGAUCUUCCUGAAGAAUCUGAUGAGUCUGAUGGAGGAAUGGAUGAUGAUGCUAUGUUCCGCAUGGACACUUACCUUGCGCAGAUCUUUAAAGAGAAAAGGAAUCAGGCAGGUGGUGAAACUGCUCAGUCUCAACUUGUCCUGUUCAAACUAAGAGUUCUUUCACUUCUGGAAAUUUACUUGCAUGAAAAUCGAGGUAAGCCCCAGGUCCUGACAGUAUACUCGCACUUGGCUCAGGCAUUUGUUAAUCCACAUACAGAAGGCAGUGAACAACUCGGACAGCGUAUAUGGGGAAUUAUUCAAAGGAAGGUAUUCAAAGAAAAGAAAUUGCCCAAGGAUGAAUCGAUGCUGCUGUCUACUCUUGAAUCUCUGUUGGAGAAAAACUUGAAGCUGGCAUCAAAGCCAUUCAAGAGAAAGAAAUCCGCAAGCACCCUAUCGAAGAAGAAGCUGACAGCCUCUUUGAACAGAUACAAAAUGGUUGUUUCGCUUGCUCAGAAUUCAACAUACUGGAUAUUGAAGAUCAUUGAAGCAAGAAAUUUCUCAGAUGCCGAGUUACAGGGGGUUUUUGAUCUCUUACGGAUUAUUCUAGAGGGCUACUUUGACAGUAAAAAGUCUCAAAUAAAAUCUGGGUUGAAAGAAAUAUUUAAAAGAAACCGUAGGAUUGGUCAUCAACUCUUCGGCUUCCUGUUAGAAAACUGUGGCAACGCGAAGUCAGACUUUCGACGGGUUGAGGCUCUUGAUUUGGUGAUUGAAGUAUUGAAGUCGCAGGUUCCCAUGAAUUCUGACGAAAGCAACCGGGAGGCAGCAAAGAAAUUUCUGAAAAGCCAUCUGCAAAGUCUUGGUCGACUUAUAGAGACCUUGGUGAAAAAAAUGCCUGAAAAGAAGUCCAGAAAAACUGAAGUCCAUAAAUGUUGUGAUAAGAUCUUCCAGAUGAUAACAUCACUAGACCUAACCAAGGCUUUUCUGAAAUGUUUGGGACCCGACACCCUUUCUGCUUGCGAGUCUCAACUCGGUCCUGUUUUUUCUGAAGUUGAAGAAUAUUAAAUGAUAGCCGACUAUCUGAUAACCGAUAUUUGUGGAAACAACUUGCCCAGGAAACCUGAAUUUGGCACUGCCUUUCCUAUGGUGCUUGUUCUCACAGAAGCCAACUAUUGUCACUGCAACCACCGGUAUGGCUUGAAAAGGGUAUCUUUUGAUCGUUGUUGAAGCCUUCCAGAGGUGAGAUUCUAAAAUUGUCGAUUAGUUUUUGGUUCCUUUUUGCUUUUUUAUAUAAGUCAUCACAUGGUUUAUGCGUUGACAUCCAGGCUUAAUUUUACCCAAGAAACUAUUGAGGGAUUUUGUUUAGCAUUCCUUUUCUUUAUAUUAGAAGUAUUGUGAACUAUAUACGCAUGUCGGAAAUUGGGUGAUGAAAAUACGAAUACCCUACGGAUGAUACUA